AUGUUACUGCUAUCGGUAACACUGCUUCUUCUUCAUCAAGGAUAUACGCUGGCUCCAGUGACUACAGUUCAACUUGGUGAAUCUGCGACUUUCACCUGUGCUCUGCCUGAUACUGGGUUAAAACGCAAAGACCUCCACUGGUACAAGCAAAGUGCUGGAGAGACUCUGACAUUAAUUGUGACACUGCCCGAAUCCUCCAAACCUAAGUUUGCAUCAGGGUUUUCUCACUCAAGAUUGGAGGUAAAUACUGGAAACAAUUUAAGCACCCUGACCAUUCGGAGGACGAUCCCAGAAGAUGAAGGAAUGUAUCACUGCUUAAUCGAGGAUUGGCUUAGGAAUCCGGGAUGGAGUGGGACAUAUUUGUUACUAAAAGGAAACACUCAGAGGACUUCAAACUAUUCUGUUGUUCAGUGCCCGACAUUAUCUGAUCCGGCUCCUCAAGAAAACUCGAUGACCCUUCAAUGUUCGGUCCUCUCUAAAUCGGAGAAUAAAACAUGUCAAGGAGACAUCAGUGUGUUCUGGUUUGGAGCUGGAUCAGAUACAUUUCGUCCAAACAUAAUGUACACUGAUGGAAGAAGACAAGAGGAAUGUGAGAAGUUACCGGACACUCAGAAAAGCUGUGUUUAUCGCUUCUCAAAGAACUUCAGCUCAUCUGAUGCCGGGACUUACUACUGUGCUGUGGCCACAUGUGGAGAGAUAUUAUUUGGAGACGUUACACAUCCGCAAUUAGAGAAAACUGCAAGUCCUGAAGUUGUUGCGCUGGUGAUAGCGAUCGUCUGCUUGGUCAUUUCUGUGAUUGGAAACAUUGUUUUCUUCUGUUACCGAACUUCAAAAUGUAAAGGAAUAGAAAACCACACUGGGCAAGCAAGAUAUGACAACUCAAGCCAACCAGUGCAUGAUAUGAUUGAAGGGGGAAAUGAUCUGAACUAUGCUGCCCUUAAUUUCUCUGGAAGGAAGGCUACAAGAGGAAGAAAUAGGAGUGAUUUGACGACUGAAGAAAGUGUGUACUCAUGUUAAAAGCUAAUUGUGAAUGUGUGUCGGUUGGUUGAUCAUACUGACCUCUGACAAUGACUUAUAAUGUACAUGUUUGCUUCCAUUUUGUUUGGAGAAAAUAUUUCCAUGCUAAAAUCUGAAAUCAUAUCAUACAGAUGCUUGUUAUAUUCCUUGUUUGUCCAUUAUUUGAUCUGCUCAUUCUGUGUUUGAAUGUGUUGUCAUUUUAUCUUAGAAAUACUAACCCUAAUUGGUUAUAUUAAACACAUUAAAACAAAUAAUUGAAAAAAA